AGCUUUAGGAACAUACAAAAGAAUGUGGUAAUUCUUCAAAAUGGUCGCUUUGUAUGGUUUGCCAACUUGCAUGUCUGUGUUUCAGAGUUCUUUGUUUUCGUAAUUCAUUGGAUGUUAUUACAUUUAUGGAAAAGUGUAUGCAAAUUCACAGUUGUUUAGUUACGAUAUGAACAUUGACAUUGUUAUCAUAAUUUGUGGUGUCCGAGAAAGAUGUCAUCGGUAAUGUGAGAGCUCUUCGAUAGAAUUUUAUUUUACAAGAUUAUGACGUUUGUGAUUCCGAAUCAGAUGUGCAGAAAGUGAAAAAUAUCCUGUCCAUUACAAGAGUUCUCAAAGCAUUGGAUGUCCUUAUUAUGUUGAGUGAAACCAGGCAUUAGCAAGAAACAAAACAAACAAACUUGAACACAUCUGGGCUACAAGUUGCUGGACAAUAUUUGGGUGUAUAUUAAAUGCAAUAGUGAGCAGUGAGAAUGAGUGUGAGAAGGUGGUGUGUGCUGGUGUGAUGGGAGGGGUCGGGUGAGAGGUGAGGCGCUCGGGCGCGGGCGCCAUGAACCCGCCGGCGCCCCGCCAGGCGGCCGCUCGCUCCGGCUAUCAUCAGAAGGCGCUAGCCCAGAUCCGCAACUCGCUACUACCAUUUGCUAACAAUGGCAACUCAGAGCCUCCGGGCUCGUCAGCAGCCAGCACCGUUAGCUCCGGUGUCAGCUCUGGCUUCAGCUCAUCGUCGGGGAAUGGGCUGGAUAAAGAUUUGACUGCAUUACCGCAGACCUUAAAUCAACUGAUUGCAUUGGGGUUUGAUGAGGAUGCAGCAGUUAGAGCAUUAAAAUAUGCUGGAGGGCGAUUUGACGCAGCAUUAGAUUAUCUGUCAAAGCAACAGGAAUCUCUUAAUGGAGUCCUUAAAACAAGUAAUUUAAAUGCACUGAACUCCAAGCUUAUAAGGAAACCUAGUCUAGAGCGUGAAAUCAACCUCCAUAGAGGUAGUCCUGCACUCGAUUCUGGGGCAGGUAGCUCUCGGUCCGACAGCCCUCGGCAGUCGGACGCACCUCCCCUCCCUCACGAGAAGUUGAGCAGGCAGUACUCGCCGUCCGGUUUCUCUGAGCCGCCGCCCCCUCCCCCGCCGCGAUGUCCGUCCACGCCGCCGGUGAUGCCGUCCGUGCAACAGCUCAUGAAGCGCAUGUCGCCGGCGCCGCCGCUGCCGCCCGCGCGCGGCACCAGCCCCGUGGCGGCCGGUGCGCCCACGCCACCCGCCCGCCAGCCCAUGAUAGUGCAAAACGGCCCUCAAGUACAGCAGCAGCUAACGCAGCAGAUCCAGGCCUUGAGCAUAUAUCAGUCGUCGGGCGGCGGCGCAGAACUCCCACCUCCAUAUCCGCUAUCAGGCGUGCCGCCACCACCAUCCUAUUCCGUGUCGAUGCAGAAUCGACAGAGUCCCACGCAAUCCCAAGAUUACAGGAAAAGUCCGUCGUCAGGGAUUUAUUCGGGAGGUACCUCCGCCGGAUCGCCGAGUCCGAUUACGGUAACGCAAUCGACUGGCUCUGCGUCCGGGAUGACUCGCCCUACGCCUAUUCAGGCGUGGACCGCGAGACAAGCGGUGCAACCUCCUAUUAUAAUGCAAUCUGUGAAGAGUACACAAGUCCAGAAACCUGUUCUGCAGACAGCCAUCGCGCCUGUUGCUCCCCCACCCGUCGCGAGUUCGACCGCGCAGCCUCCUCCACCCUCGUACGCUAGUUCUAUUCAGCAAAAGCAACAGGCGCAGACGCCGCCGAGCUACCCGCUGGCGCCGAAGCCGUCGUCACCGGGCUCCACUCCGCCGGUCAUACCGACCGCGACCACUCCCACCGUCCCCACCACGGAGCCGCCGAGCUACGCGAUCACCAUGCAAGCGCUGGCGGUGCAGAGAGGGAUGCAUCCUAUUCCACCGCCGCCAUAUGGUAAUCAAAACGAUAACACGACUACAGUCAAUUCCCACCACUCACCUUUACAUAAGAAAUUUUCAAACACCGGUGAACCUUCCCAGGUAGAAAUUAAAUGUCCCAAUCAUAACUGUACGAACAAUCUCUUGAAAGACAGUGUCACAGCGUCCAGUUCAGAUAAAAGCUCGAAUGGUUCUUCUGAGCGUCGGCCCAAAGGUGUCGAAAAGAUACGGCAUCAAUCCCCCAUACCGGAGCGAAAGAACAUUAGUAAAGAAAAAGAAGAUGAACGAAGAGAUUGUAAAGUUAGAAAUUAUUCGCCUCAAGCCUUUAAGUUCUUUAUGGAACAGCAUAUCGAGAACAUUUUGAAGUCGUAUAAGCAGCGGAACUUUAGACGAAUGCAGUUGGAGAAAGAAAUGACGAAAAUUGGUCUCAGUGCGGAAGCACAAUGUCAAAUGAGGAAGAUGUUAUCUCAGAAGGAAUCCAACUACAUUAGAUUAAAGAGAGCGAAAAUGGAUAAGUCCAUGUUUACGAAGAUAAAGCCGAUAGGAGUGGGGGCCUUUGGGGAAGUGACGUUAGUAAGGAAGAUUGAUACUAGUCAUCUAUAUGCCAUGAAGACACUGCGCAAGGCUGACGUGCUGAAGCGGAACCAGGUCGCGCACGUGAAAGCCGAGAGGGAUAUCCUAGCGGAGGCUGACAACGAGUGGGUCGUUAAGCUUUACUACAGCUUCCAGGAUAAAGACAACUUGUACUUUGUGAUGGACUACAUACCUGGGGGUGACCUGAUGUCUUUGUUAAUAAAGCUGGGAAUAUUCGAGGAGAGCCUGGCGAGGUUCUACAUCGCGGAGCUGACGUGCGCCGUGGAGAGCGUCCAUAAGAUGGGCUUCAUCCACAGGGACAUCAAGCCCGACAAUAUACUAAUAGAUCGCGAUGGCCAUAUCAAGCUCACUGACUUCGGUCUAUGUACAGGAUUCAGAUGGACGCAUAACUCGAAAUACUAUCAAAGAAAUGAUCACGGGCGGCAAGACUCGAUGGACCCGGUGGACGGCGAGUGGGGCGCCAUGGGCGAGUGCCGCUGCCACCAGCUCAAACCUCUAGAAAGGCGGCGCAAGCGGGAGCAUCAGCGUUGCCUCGCCCACUCGCUAGUUGGCACGCCUAACUACAUCGCGCCCGAAGUCCUGCAACGCACGGGGUAUACCCAGCUGUGUGACUGGUGGUCGGUUGGCGUCAUUCUCUAUGAGAUGCUGGUCGGCUCGCCGCCUUUCCUCGCGUCUACGCCCGCCGAAACACAGCUAAAGGUUAUAAAUUGGGAGAGCACUCUCCAUAUCCCGGACGCUGCGAAAUUAUCUCCCGAGAGCAAGGAUUUAAUCCUACAGCUAUGCUCUGGUCAGGAGACGAGGCUCGGCAAGGAUGCCAACGAGGUGAAGAACCACCCGUUCCUGCACGGCAUCGACUUCGACAAGGGGCUGCGGAGGCAGGUGGCGCCAUACAUACCCCGGAUUGACUACGCCACCGACACGUCCAACUUCGACCCCGUGGACCCGGACAAGCUGCGCAACUCGGGCAGUUCCGACUCCAACAAGUCCGACAGCGAACUGCUCGACAACGGUAAGACGUUCCACGGCUUCUUCGAGUUCACGUUCCGAAGGUUCUUCGAUGACGGCUACACGAACAAAAUCAACCUAGACGACAACGAUAACCAGGGCCCCGUGUACGUAUAGAACGAGCUCCGCGAUACCGACAGUGAUAAAAGAGACACUGAGACUAACUUGUAGGAUUUUUUUACAAAGUGUGUGCCUUUGACUCUCUCUAUUAAAACAUUAGUUUUUGUAAACGUAACGAAUAUAACGUAUUUAAAAUUAAUUAAAAGCCGUAUUGUUAAUAAUCCCGGUGAUAAUGUUGUAAUAUUGUAUCGUUAUGUAUUUGUAAGAGUAAUCUUAUUUCACUGUAAUAUAUGUAACGGAUGGAUCACAGUAGUGCAUAGCCUAACUAUGGUGCUGUUAGCGGCCGACAAAGGCCGCGAUGUCUAAUGUCCAUUCAGUGUAUACUAUUUUUUGUAACUAGAGAAAUUAUUUAUGAGAUAAGAACAAGCUUACUGGAAUUAGCGAAUGAUUGUCAUUAUAUUUUCUUAUGUAUUUAUCGAGGUAGGUCGCUUAUGUGUGUUUGUUUAUAUACAUGUAAAACGUUUACUUAUGAUUCAUUAACAUCAUACAAACUUUGGCAUAUUUAGUAAAACAUACUGUGCUUCCAUGUUGUCUACAGGACACUAGCUCAUAAUGUGUGCCUUAGAAUUCAAUAUUAACAUUUACAAGUGUAUCUUAAAGAAUUGUGAUGGGUCAAUCGAUUGUAGACUACAACAUAGUGGAUAAAGUUUUAUAACUCGACAUAAUGUACUGAGUGCAAUACAUAUUUAUUACCAAACAAAAGUCGACGCAUACUUGAUUUGCUGUUGUUGAAGUUUUACUUCGAUUCUUAAUUUAGUUGAGCACAUUUUGACUUGAAUUUUUGUGUUUAAAAUAUGCAAGAUUUUGUAACUACCAAUUAACUAACAAUAUCCAAUAUAGUCGCAAGGUAAAUAACAUAAAGUAAUGAGAACAAAAGGCGUUAGAGCCGCCAUACAUAACAAACUGCUUGUUUGUGGUCGUUAUAAGAGAAAACGCCAUUUUUCACUUGUACAGUAAAAUAUGAGUCAGUUCAAUUAUAAAUUAUGUGUUAUUGAAUGUAAAUUGUUUUAUUCUGAAAUGAAUCAUGCUUAUAAGUGAAUGAAAAUAAAAUAUGGGAAUUUU